UCAGCUUUUGCACGUUAAAAAAUUCUUAUAACAACCGAAUAGACGUGUUACUUCAAUAUAAAAAUAAUAACGAAACAACAGUAUUUCAAGUACAGGCACAGGUACGACAAGUAGGUCCUAAGUUUAAAAAAAACGUUUGUUUAUAUUACAGAAUGUUCCUUGCACGUGUCAUCGUCAUGGCAACCAUCCUUCUAUCACGCUCGAAGCACGUGAUUAGCCAGUACUGUCCUACGGGGACAUGCUACGCCGGGUCGUUCUCCAGUAAGGAGCACGUGACCAAGGGACGUUAUCUGUGGGGGGCCUCGUACAGGAACCUCAGCUCAGUGGCGGGUCCUCAGGCGUGUCACUCGGCCUGUGUCGGUGACUGUCGGUGUCGAGCGUUCCAGAUGUCGGGCAAGCGAUGCGAACUGCUUGAUGAAGACAAGGAUUCCGUGCCUAUCAGUAGAUUUCUGUCUGAUAAUAGCUACGAGUAUUUCGAUCUCCAACAGAACAUAGUCAAGUCCUCCCAUUUAAGUCCAUGUAGUAAUGGCUGCUGUAUGAGUAAUCCCUGCAAGAAUGGAGCAACGUGCGUGGAGCUUUGCGACCACCCCAAAGAGAAGUUCUCAUGCGUCUGCACACCCUCGUGCAGCGGUAAGACGUGUGAGAGGUGCAACUUAACUUCCUGUCGUGAUCACCUCGUCUACCUCCGUCAACUGGGACUAGAGAUGUUUGAUGGUGUUUCUCAAAUACAGACAAACGAUGGUCAGAGUUUCCCUUUAUUUUGCUGGUUGAAAGGCCAAACAAUCUGGACUCUACUGGAGUCAUUCGCCUUGAAACACACACUCGAGUUUAAGAAAUUAAGCUUUUUGCUGUCUGCGAGAUCCGACGACAUAGCGUUCAACGAAUCCUCUCCAAACUGGGAAAAGUACAGGCUCUCACAAGCACGCAUGCAUCACGUGUACAUCAACGCCACAAAGUUCAGGGCCACGUGCGCAUAUGACCAAAAGACCACAAUUCCCGGAUGGCCACGUGAUCAGAUGAUAGCACGACUAACCAAUUAUGACAUCAUGACUAGAAAACGGUGGGGUGAAUGCUUAAGAAUGGAAUCGAUUUUCAUAAGAAAUCAAUCUUGUUCCAAUUGCACAGUUGGUAUUCUCCAUUGGCCAAACCACUAUCAUGCACAUGUGAACUUUGACUCCGAUGAAAAUUGCUUUUUCAAUCCCGUCAAUAGCGUCCAAAAUGAGCUUGCUUUCGCUGUGUAUGGCAAUGUCAACCCCGAGUCUACAUGCUGCUCAAGCCCUGAUGCCACGACCCAGUGGUGGCUUGGGCACGAGGCCGGCUACGUGCCAUAUCACCACCCUUAG